AUGGUUCCGAAACCAUCAGGCUCGCUCCUAUCCGGAGCUCGCAAGUCGGGCAUCUUCAACGGUGGUUCCGGCCCAUCCAGCGGCGUCUCGAUCCACGACCGUCUAUCUGCACGAUCGCGAGUGACAAAUCUCGGCGUGGUCCUUCUGCUCGGCUUUGCCGGUUUCUCCGCGCUCCUCAACCUCCGAUACAUGCUCUUCCACCGUGGCAGCUCCAUACCGCAGAACAUCAUCGAGUUCGGAGGCCGAACACCCGACUCGCUCACCGCCAGUGUCGCUCCACCUCGCACGGGCGCCGAAAAGCUCAACCACCUCGUCAUCGUCACCGGUCACGCCGUCUGGGCGGGCUGCGACGUUAAGGGCAAGGACAACGACGAGAACUGGGUCCUGGAGGAGUACCAAAAGGGGGGAAGCGUCAAGACGUUCUACAAGCACAUCGAAAAAGGUAUGCAGCUCACCAACGAGGAUCCCAAUGCGCUCCUCGUCUUCUCCGGUGGACAGACACGGCCGAACUCGCUCCAGACCGAGGCCGAGUCGUACUACUCGCUGGCGCUGUCGGCUGAGCUGGAGGUGCCCAUGAUUGCAGGCAGUCUGGUCAACCUCACGACCGGUUCGUCAUCCGCAUCUAUCGGUAGUUUGGCUCACGCCAAUGCGGCAGUGGCAACACGACACGGGCUGCAAGAUGCACGGAUGACAACCGAAAACUACGCGCUGGACAGCUUUGAGAAUCUGCUCUUUUCGAUCGCGCGCUUCCGGGAGUACACAGCCCACUAUCCGGCACGCAUCACCGUCGUCGGGUACGCAUUCAAGAAGGCGCGCUUCGAAGACUUGCAUGCGAAAGCGGUGCGAUGGAACACCCAAGGGUUCCUGCACAAGGGCGAGCGGACGUUCCAGUACGUCGGCGUGGACGACGAGGGUCUAUCGGACAGCGAGACCGUCGCCCAAUCGCGUGGCGAGAAGCUCAAGGCGUUCAACCUGUUCGACAAGGACAUGUACGGUUGUCACGGCAGGUUGAGGCAGAAGCGCAUCGAGAGGAACCCCACCAGGAGGUUUCAUCCGUACAUGAGCUCGGCACCGGAAAUUGCGGAUCUGUUGAACUGGUGUCCUGCCGAGAACUCGGGUUUGCAGGGGUUGUAUCCGGAGAACCUGCCGUGGGACGCAAGGGUGAUUGGGACUGGAUGGGGAAGGGGAGCGUUGGCGGUCAAGGCGAAUAGCAAGGGCAACAUUAUCCCGGAUACAAGGUGGUUGCAGAUCGGCAGGGAGCAGUGA